CAACGCAAACUGCCAAACAGAACAGAUAGGGGGGCCGCUGUGCGUUGCGUGCGUACAGGUCUACUCUGCGCGCCUGGCACAUCACCGGAUAACUGGCAAGCGGGAGCAGAUGUGGGCGAGAGAAAACAAACGAAUGGUUUUCCCAUCAGCUUGACUGCUGGGAGAAAAAGAGAGCAAACGAGGAGGGAGAGAGGGAGAGAGAGAGAGAGAGAAAGAGUAACAGAGGGGAAUAGAGGCAGAGAGACAGAGGGAGAGAGACAGAGAGAGAGAUUGUUGGAGGAGCACUGGAACGGUGAACCGGCUGACAGACAGUCUCUCAGCUGCCGAAGGCGGACCGCAGACACGCGGCGGAUGUUCAACAGGGUUUCACACCUUUAGGUUUAGCAGUCGAGAGGAAGACGCGCGUGAUUCCAGCACACCACUUCCCGCCAACCGGUCAAACUAACUUUACGCGUCGCUGAGGAUUUCGUCGCCGGACCAUAGUAUAGGAAUACAUUUUUUUUCUACAUUUGGUUUAUUUAUUUUUUAAUGAUAUGAGACUUAAUUUGACGCAUUCUCUCAACUUAAGUUUAUUGAAAGUUUUUUGUAUUUCCUGAGAGGGCGACUAUAACUUUUAACAUUGGAUCACUAAGACCGACUAUCACAGAAUACGCAGACUUCUGCGUAUUUUCAUUUAUUUAUUUUUCAUUUUCAACACCACAACGUUGUUGGAGAGUCUCCAAUCGUGCGUUGCCAUGGGCACACUGCGCGACCUCCAGUACGCGCUCCAGGAAAAGAUCGAGGAACUGAGGCAGCGGGACGCGCUCAUCGAUGAGCUGGAGCUGGAGCUGGACCAGAAGGAUGAAUUGAUCCAGAAGCUUCAGACCGAGUUGGAUAAGUACCGCUCCGUCAUUAAACCGGCCACCGCUCAACAGGUGCGCCGGCAGAGCGUGCUGCACCGCGACCAGCACCGGAGUAAACGGCAGGCGAUAUCAGCGGAGCCCACUGCCUUUGACAUCACCGAUCUGAGCCACGUCACCCUUCCGUUCUAUGCCAAGAGCCCAGAGUCUAAGGAGCUCAUCAAGGAGGCCAUCCUGGACAAUGACUUCAUGAAGAACCUGGAGCUGUCCCAGAUCCAGGAGAUCGUGGACUGCAUGUACCCCGUGGAGUACGAGACGGACUCCUGCAUCAUCAAGGAGGGAGACGUGGGCUCCUUGGUCUAUGUUAUGGAAGAUGGCAGAGUAGAGGUGACCAAGGAGACCAUGAAGCUGUGCACCAUGGGUCCAGGGAAGGUGUUCGGAGAGCUGGCCAUCCUCUACAACUGCACCCGGACAGCCACCGUCCAGACACUAACCCAUGUGAAGCUGUGGGCCAUCGACAGACAGUGUUUCCAGACCAUAAUGAUGAGGACUGGAUUAAUUAAGCAUGCUGAAUACAUGGACUUCCUCAAGAGUGUCCCUACGUUCCAGGGCCUCGCGGAGGAGACACUCAGCAAGCUGGCUGAUGUCAUGGACGAGACCCAUUAUGAAGAUGGAGAGUACAUCAUCAGACAAGGAGCCCGGGGAGACACCUUCUUCAUCAUCAGCAAGGGGAAGGUUAACGUCACACAGGAGGAACCGACCAAUGAGGAGCCAGUAUACCUGCGGGGUCUGGGCAAGGGGAACUGGUUUGGAGAAAAGGCGCUGCAAGGGGAAGAUGUGAGAACCGCUAACGUUAUCGCCGCCGAGGCCGUCACCUGUCUAGUCAUCGACAGAGAUUCAUUCAAGCAUCUGAUUGGUGGAUUGGAAGACGUCACGAACAAAGGCUUCGAGGAUGCUGGGGCCAAGGCCAAGUAUGAGGCUGAGAAUGCCUUCUACUCCAGCCUGAAGUUGACAGACUUCAACAUCAUCGAUACUCUUGGAGUUGGAGGCUUUGGACGUGUAGAACUGGUGCAGCUGAAGAACGAGGAGGCCAAGACCUUUGCCAUGAAGAUCCUGAAGAAGCGCCAUAUCGUGGACACGAGGCAGCAGGAGCACAUCCGGUCGGAGAAACACAUCAUGACCGACGCUCACUCCGACUUCAUCGUCAGGUUGUACCGGUCGUUUAAAGACAGUAAAUAUCUGUACAUGCUGAUGGAGGCCUGCCUGGGUGGAGAACUGUGGACGAUACUGAGAGACAGGGGGUCGUUUGAGGACGUCACCACCAGGUUCUACACAGCGUGCGUGGUGGAGGCAUUUGCCUACCUGCACACUAAAGGCAUCAUCUACAGAGACCUGAAGCCUGAGAACCUCAUCCUGGACAGCAGGGGCUACGCCAAGCUUGUGGACUUCGGUUUCGCUAAGAAGAUCGGUUUCGGUAAGAAGACGUGGACGUUCUGCGGGACGCCGGAGUACGUGGCCCCGGAGAUCAUCCUGAACAAGGGACACGACAUCUCGGCAGACUACUGGUCCCUCGGCAUCCUCAUGUAUGAGCUGCUGACCGGCAGCCCUCCCUUCUCGGGUCCUGACCCCAUGAAGACCUACAACAUCAUCCUGAGGGGCAUUGACAUGGUGGAGUUCCCCAAGAAGAUCACAAAGAACGCUGCCAACCUCAUCAAGAAGCUCUGCAGAGACAGUCCAUCGGAACGCCUUGGAAACUUGAAAAAUGGAGUGAAAGACAUUCAGAAGCACAAGUGGUUUGAAGGCUUUAACUGGGAGGGGCUGAGGAAGGGGGCUCUGACCCCUCCUAUCAUCCCUGAUGUCACUUCACCGACAGACACCAGUAACUUUGACAGUUUCCCUGAAGACACAGAUGACCCCCCACCUGACGACAACUCUGGGUGGGACACUGACUUUUAGGAAGCCUCUUGGCCUUAGUUCCUCUUGUUUUUUCUUGUGCACACAUACAAAUACACACACACACACACACACACACACACACAGGUACA